AUGGAGGACUACAUCGUGCUGCGGCCGCUCGCCAACGCCAUCUACGGGCGCAUCCUCCUCUGUCGACACGUCUCGACCCAGGCGCGCGUCGCCAUCAAGCUCCUCGACAUGGCGCAUGCGACCGCCCACACGACCGUCGCCGACGGCCACACGGUCGACGAGAACGUCGUGAACGAGCUCGCCGUGAACCUCGCC